CUUUUAUCAUGUAAGGCCACAUUAGAAAGUUUUGAAGAAUAUUCUAACACACUUCACUUCCAUUGUGCCUCUGUAACCCAGAUUUGAGCUUUUUUGCUUUUUAAGAAAAUAAGGGACAGGUGGACAUAUAACAACCUAUAAUGGAAAAAAAGAGUUCAGAAACGGUGCAGCUGCUGCAGAGUAAAAAUACUAAAACAUUUUCUUGGUUCAGGUGCUGAAUCUGUAUAGGCACAGUCUACACAGAACAAAUGGAUUCAAAAAUAUGUACACAGUCAAGUAAUAAUGUACAACGAUAGCGUGCAAUAUGCCACGAACACUCCAGAAAUCACAUCACCACUGUCACUGUGCACCGGCAAAGUUUCAGAUCCACGAGUUGAGCACAUGCAAUGACAAUGUUUUCUGCAAAAAAAAUCCUUUCUUGUGCCUUUCAAUGGCAAUUUACACCGAUAGGUGGCAGUGAGUAUUCUCAGGUAGAAUUUCCCAGUAUAUCUCAGCAGUCGCUCAGCUGUCACACACACACACACACACACGCUCGCGCGCAGGAGUCUCGCGCAGAGUUUCUCCAAACAGAAAGUGAACAGGAUCAUUUCACGCUGCCGGAGCAACAGCACUCGGACAGAGCCUGGAUAAAUCUCAUUAUCAGAGCUUUGAGCAAUGCGCUGGCAGCAUGGCCAGAUGGUUCAAGGAGCACCUGGGUUUCAAAACCACCAAAGCCCCGCCACCCGCGCCUCCGAAACCGGACUACCGACACUUCCACACCGCCGUCUCCAGUCCUCCAGCCUUCCACCUCCAGCAGCAGCCGGGCACCGGGUUAAUGUCCGCUCAGCCCGACAUCCUCACCGCAUACAAACUCCAGAAGGAGCUGGACUUCGAGGAUCCGUACACGCCGGGCGGAAACGUGCCCUUCUCCACCGGACUGAGUUCCGCGGGGUCGCCGGACGUCAAGUACGUGUCUCCGAAGCACCGGCUCAUAAAGGUGGAGACGGUCGAGCGGAGCGGCUCGAGUUCGGGCAGCAGUAGCGGGGUGACCGCGGUCAAAACCCCCAGCUCUCCACCCGCAGAGCCCGAGAACAGCAACGGCAAGCAGGAGAAGCUCAUCAUCCUAGAGGACUAUGCCGACCCCUUUGACGCGGCGGACCAGGCGGGCGGCACGCAGACGGUCGCAGAAAAGCCAACGGAGAACGACGGCUACAUGGAGCCGUACGAAGCUCAGAAGAUGAUGGCUGAAAUUCGAGGUGGUCGAGCUCCUAAAGACGGUCCGGUUCGGCAGCUACCUCUAUACGACACUCCGUACGAGCCGGAGGAGAACGGAGGAGAUCCGGACGGAUCCGGUCUGUGUUCUCGUGAGAGCAGAUUACCGCAGGACGACGAGAGGCCGCCGGAGGAGUACGAUCAGCCCUGGGAGUGGAAGAAAGACCGCAUAUCUAAAGCCUUCGCAGUAGAGAUUAAAGUCAUAAAGGAUCUGCCGUGGCCUCCUCCGGUUGGGCAGCUCAACACCAGUCCUCCUAUAAUGGAGGCGGUGGAGGCUCCGUCCUCUCCAGGACUCAACGCCACAGCGUCAGCCUGUGACCAGCACCAGCACGUGCAGUUUGACGGCGUGGAAAAGUCCCGGAUGUCUCCCACUAAAGAUCUGAAGUCUCGUCCGCUUCAGCGACACUCCAGCGGCUGCCUGGUCAACACUAAGAUGAGCUCUCUGGACCCGAGCAGCCCGAGCGUGGGCGAGCGCAUCGACCCCUCCAUGCCUCUGGAGAGCCAGUUCUGGUAUCACGGAGCGAUUAGCCGGACUGACGCCGAGUCUCUGCUGAGGUUGUGUAAAGAGGCCAGUUACCUGGUGAGAAACAGUGAGACCAGUAAGAAUGACUUCUCCCUCUCGCUCAAGAGCAGUCAAGGUUUCAUGCAUAUGAAGCUGUCCCGGACCAAAGACAAUAAGUACAUACUGGGUCAGAACAGCUGCCUGUUCGACAGCGUUCCCGAGAUCAUCCACUUCUACUCCAGUCGCAAACUGCCCAUCAAAGGAGCCGAGCACAUGUCCCUGCUGUACCCCGUGGCCAUACGGACACUAUAGUGGCAGGACAGAUGAAGCAGACGUUGAUAAACGCUGCAGAUGAGGGUGUUUAUUCAGCGUUUACAAGACCGUCAAGGAACUGAAGUGCUACUGAGAUCCCAAAGGCAAAAAGGGAGAUUCCCGGGAGCCUCGACCGUACAGAGGAAAACAGCGUUACGUACUCGGAAAUGCCUUCUUUGUGAUUCCAGACCUGUUUUCUCCCUUUUUGCUCACAUAAGUGGAUCUUUAGUCUUAGACCUGCACCCACACUUUAUGAGUCGGCAUCAUCCUCCGCUGUACAGAAACUUUAACUCCGUCGCUUUGACUUUCACCUUUGGAUGUUUAUCACACUGAUUCUCAAAACUCAAGAGUCAUCGGCUUUCUGGAGCAUUGAAACGUCACCGUUCCUAUAACUGGAAGUGAACAAUAUGGAAGCUUGUUUCCGCCACUAAAUAAAAAAAUAAAAAAGGUAAUUGUGACUUUUUAUCUCACAAUUCUGACUUUUUUAAACUCUGUUGCAUUAUAAAGUCAGAAUAGCAAGAUAUAAAGUCGCAAUUUUGACACUUUUCCUCCGAAUUUUGCUUAUAUCUCACAAUUCUGGGGAAAAAAAAGUCAAAA